GCUUCACGCUCCAGUCCAGCGGGUGGCGCUAAAACACAUGCGUUUGUUUGCCAAACACCAUCAAACCUCAGAGGAAGAUUAGUUUCACCGCGCUCUCUGCUGUUUUCACGUGAUUCGUGACUAAGUUUUGAAGCAAGCAGGAAUAUCUGGAGGAGUAUCAUCUGAACUGAGAUCUGCUGUGAAGAUGGUGUUUGUUAAAGAGGAGAGAGAGGAGGACACGAGUGAACCAGAAACCUGGAGAAUAAAACACGAGGAACCAGAACCCUGGAGAAUAAAACACGAGGAACCAGAACCCUGGAGAAUAAAAGAUGAGGAACCAGAAACCUGGAGAAUAAAACAGGAGGAACAAGAAGAAUCGACUGAAGAAAAUCAGGAGACUGGAGAAUUGAGUGAAGUUGAGGGAAAAAAUCAUAUUAAAACUGGAGAAAUACCUCUGAGUUGCUCUCAAACAAAACAGAAAAAUUUACAAAAAAGAAGAGACAAAAAAUCUUUCACCUGCACUCAGUGUGGAAGGAGUUUCACACACAAAACAAGUCUUGAGCGUCACAUGAGAAUUCAUACUGGAGAGAAGCCGUUCACUUGUGAUCACUGUGGGAAGAGUUUUAGACAAUCUGCAAGCCUUAAGGAUCACAUGAACAACCACACUGGAGAGAAGCAGCACAUAUGCGAUCAAUGUGGGAAAAGUUUCACACGAAAAGGACACCUUACAGAGCAUAUGAGAGUUCAUACUGGAGAGAAACCAUUCACUUGUGAUCAGUGUGGAAAGAGUUUUACACAAUUGGCAAGUCUUAAGGAUCACAUGAACAUCCACACUGGAGAGAAGCAGCACAUAUGCGAUCAAUGCGGGAAGAGUUUCACACGAAUAGGACACCUUACAGCACACAUGAGAGUUCAUACUGGAGAGAAGCCAUUCACUUGUGAUCAGUGUGGAAAGAGUUUCACACGAUCAGCAAACCUUAAGGAUCAUAUGAACAUCCACACUGGAGAAAAACCUUAUCAGUGUUCACACUGUGAAAAGAGAUUCAGUCGGUCGGGACACCUGAAAACACACAAGAGGAUCCACACUGGAGAGAAACCGUACACAUGUAAUCAGUGUGGAAAGAGUUUGAAAUGCAAAUAUAAACUUGAGCUUCACAUGAGAGUUCAUACUCGAGAGAAACCGUAUCCUUGUGAUCAGUGUGAGAAGAGUUUUGCAAAUUCAUCAACCCUUAAGGAUCACAUGAACAUCCACACUGGAGAGAAGCUGUUCUCAUGUGAUCAAUGCGGGAAAACGUUUUUCUGGGCUUCAGUCCUGAAGCAGCACCUAACAGUUCAUACAAAGGAGAAGCCACAUUCAUGUUAUUUGUGUGGAAAGAGUUUUUCAUGUCUACAAAGUUUGAAAGUUCAGAAAAUACACGCUGGUGUGAGAGAGUAUCUGUGCUUUGAGUGUGAAAAGACUUUUACUUCAGCGAACUGUUUAAAACUGCAUGAGAGGAUUCACACUGGAGAAAAACCUUACAAGUGUUCACACUGUGAGAAGAGAUUCAGUGUGUCAUCAAGUCUGAAAACACAUGAGAGGAUCCGCACCGGAGAGAAACCGUAUCACUGCACUGCAUGUGGGAAGUGUUUCAAUAAUUCAUCUGCUCUACGCCGUCAUACAAAAAACAAUCACAGUAAGUAGAUCAUCUUGAGAUCCAGCACUUUCAGGUCUGAUGCUGCAUCUUCACCAAAUGUGACACAAUAAUGCAUCAAGCAAUAAAAUAUCAUCUGGAUAAAUCUGUCCUAUCCAGUCAAUACAAGUGACAUGACAAAGAAACAUCACAGUGUUUAAGUUUUCACAGUGAAUAAAGUUCAUCUUCAAAACCAGCAGAUUCAACUGAGAUUCAGAUCAACUCAAAGAUGGAGUUCAUCCCCAAAGGACAAUGUCAAAAUGUUUUAUUAUCGUGUAUUAUUUAGCUUCAUAAUAUAAAUGAUAUAAUUGUUUUCUUUUUAAUAUUUUGUUUUUUUAUGAGUUUCAUAUUACAUUCAAUUGUCUUAUUCAUGUGUCAUUUGAAGUUUGUUUACUCUUUCAGGAAGGAAAGCAGAAGCUUUUUACAAACUGUUCUUGUUCUGGAAGCUAUAACACUUUUAAGAGAGAUUAAAUUAAUUUUGUUUUUCACUGCUGCUUUUAAAAUAAAUAGUUAUUAUAUUUUAUACAACA